AUGAGCUCGGAUCGCGAGCUGCAAACGUCCCUACGGACGGCGGCGUCGCAGCUGAGCCCACGACGCCAGCAAGACGGCGGCACGGCCACGACGUCGCUCCCGUUUUACGAAAACAUUGCACCUGGAGAAGCACUGAAGCGGCUCUUCGCGUGGUUCCACCCGAGACCGCUUGCAAACGCACGAGACAAAGAUGGCAUGAGCGUCGAUGAGUUUAAUCAACUCAGACGGUGCGUUGGCCAUCCCGUCGUCACGACCGCGGACUGGACGGCAGCCAUGCACGAGCUCCACCCAGACGACGCGACCGACGUGUGGGUACGCGAGUCGGAAUUCAAUGAACUCUUUGGGUUUGCACCGUUCUUCGGCAUCCACGAAAGCGCCCACGCCCCCGUGCACCUGUCCAUCAUGCACCAAAUCGCGGCGAUGGAGCAGUUUGUGCAUUUUCUGCUCAUGUUGUUUGAAAAGUUUGCCGACCCGUCGACAUCGAGCUUGACAUUUGCAGCCGUGCAGGGGAUGCAGCGCAAGGCGUGCGUCAAGACCAAAAUUGACGAACGCAGUUGGGAGCGGCUGUGCCGCCAAGUCCAGGCAGUGCGAUUGGAGCUUCAGUGGCAGCAGUUUGGACAAGCGUGGCACAUCAACUUAAACACAAACGGGCUCGUGGCAGGAAACUUUUUAUUUGGCUCGAAUGGCAAACCGCUUGCACCCGCGGACGUCGUGCAGACGAUUCUCGCUGAGGAGAAGCUCGCGACGCAUUUCGCCAAGGACAACUUGAUUUCGCGCCAGGCGCUGCACGGCCUCCUCAAAGCCGGGUCCACCCAGCGCACUCUGGCAGACAAGGAGUGGUGCGCCAUUCUAGAAGAAAACCAGACCACGUAUCCCGGACCUGGCGGUGGGACAAGUCACACGAUGCGCGCUACGGAAGCCACUCGAGGCGCUCCCCACGACAUCAUCGUCCACAAUGCCAACAACAUGAUGCUGUACGAGAUAGCGUUCGACGAGCCUGGAGCGCUCGGCAUCCAAGUGCAGAGUGAUUUUUUCGGGCAGUGUAUGGCUGUUCACUCGAUCGACGGCCAGGCGAAGAAGCACCCGACGAUCCAAACGGAUGACAUCGUGGCGUCCAUCGACGGCGAACUCAUGUUCUUCGACCCCAUCGGCUCGGUCGACGGCGAACGGGCGCGCCAAGACAAAGUCCAAUCUCAACUGGACACGCACGACGCCACCGUGCGCAAGGUCGUGUUUUUGCGUCAAGAAGUGUAUUACCAUAUUCAAGACACAGAUUUGAAGCUGUCGUUUCGUACGUACGAGCCGAUCGGCCGCGGCGGGGCGUUUUCGAUUUUGCUACCGCCCGGCGCGACGGGCGACUCGGUCACCGUGUCGUUUGAACCGACAUUGCAAGAUUUGCUGCGCCCGACGUGCAAAUACGACCCGGCAACGUCAACGGCGACAGUCGCGUUGACCGGCGCAAAAGGAAUCAAGCAAGGGGCGUUCAUGACCAUGUUUAUUCAUGGCAUUACCACGCGCUUGCUGGCGGGACCUGGCGUCGUGCUCCACAGCCCCGCCAGUGAUAGCGAAGGGACUACGAUGCGCACAACCAUCACCCUCUUCAAUGACUGGUCUACCUGGCGCGCGCUCGUCCAAGAAACGUUUUUGGCGUCGAAAGGGGCGCGCCCCACGACGAAAUUUGCCGACCCGUCGCUGCGCCCCAUCACGGUCGAGGUUGUUCGGGGAGGGUCGGGGAUCUCGUUUGCCGCCGAUUUUUUCGGACAAUGCGCGGUCGUCGCGGACCUCGAUCCGUUGAAAGAUGUCGGGGGCGUCGUCAAGGACGACGUGUUAAGCGCCAUUGUGUUUCAAAACAGCCAAGGCGUACCCGAACGCUUCAACGCGAUCAAACCGUUUUCGUUGGCCCGGUCGACGGAUGACCAUUACACGGCUGUCAUGGCGGAGCUGGACGCGCGGGUCGCGUCCGAGGAGCCGUACACGCUACACUUUCUGCGGCUCCAGUCGCACUACGUGCAACUCGGAGACCGCACGACGUUGACGUUCAAUGCUCUCACCGACCUUGGGCCGGACAGCACGAUUGCGAUUGAAAUGCCGACUGCGGACUGGAAGGCCAAGGAUGUCGAAGGAAUCGACGUCGAGUUCCUCAAACCGACCACGGUCCGGACGUCGAAAACGUACUGGAACGCAGCGUCGCACGUGCUUGAAAUCACGUUGGACACUUCGAGCAACGCCAUCCAAGAAAACGCACAGGUAAUCGUCGCGGUCACGGGCAUCCAAGGGGUGUCGGACAAGAGCGCGGGGCCGUCCGAGAUUACGGUCGCAUCGAAUGGGCAAAUGCGAUUCGAGCUGCACGACCACUGGCAUUCGUUCUUGGGUGGGCUGGGCGGCGUCGUUGCCGACAACCUCGUCGACGUCCUCACGCGUCUCAAAACAUCGCCGCUAGACUUGUGGACGAUCCUCGAAUACGCGCACUUGCUGUUCCGCAUGUUUCAAGACGACAAGACCCAACUGCUCACGUAUGACGGUGCGAUGCUGUUCCGCGAGGCCGUCACGGGCGAGACGGAGCCGAUGGACGUGGAAAAGUGGACGAAGUUCUGCCGCUCCGUUGACGCCAAACCUCGCUUGGGCCUCACCGAGAAGCAAUUUACAUGCAGUGUCCUGGAGCUGGUCAACAUGGACCGUCGCUUUUUGUCGACCAAGUUUGAAGGUCAUGACCUGAAGCGGCUGUACGUGCACUUACACUCGGUGGACAAGCUGUUCGACGAAGCGCUCGAGCUGUUCGAAGACGGCCGCCACCACGCGACAGUGCACAUCGACAGUCUCCGCGGCCUCCACAAGGCGUGUUUUUCGUCGAUGCCGUGGGCAGACUUCCUCCAGCACAUGCAAAAGACCGACGUGACCAAGUACGAGUGGACUCAGCACGACUUUUACCGCAUCUUUGCGCUCCCUAACAAGAAGCUCAACCCCGUCGACGCCUGGAUCAAUUUGCACUACUCAAAGCUCCUCUUUGACGAGUUUGCCCGUGUCCGGGUCAUUCGAAAGCAGGAGCUGCGCGACCUCCUCGCCGCCCGCAAAUCGUCCUUCCAACUCGACGACGACGUGUGGGUGAAGCUUUGCUCGACGAUUGAGGGCGACCACGGGUCCGCGACGUCCGGAAUCACGUGCGCAGGCUUUGUCCAGUUGUAUCCGUCGGCCGCGUUUGGCAAUCGCGACUCUGUCCUGGACUGGAACUACAUCCAAGCGUACAAAAUGGAGCCCGAGCCGCGGCACACUCGAGCAGCGGCGCUCGCGGCCGAGAUACAGGCAGCGCCCGAGAAAAUUAGCGUCAACGAACUUGCCGAGGAUAUGCUGGAUGCGGCAGCCAGUGUCGACGAUUUUGCCGAAGAAGCCGUGAAUGCCGGCAUUGCGUUUAGUCGCACGGAAGAAGUCGUCGAGCGCACGAUCGAACUCAAGGACCCGGCGUGGUCGACUUCGUUUCAGUCGAACUUGGCAACGCGCAACAAGGGCAUCUUGCAACUCACUGUCAAGUGCGCCAGUGAGCUGCACGACGUGGCCGAAGCCGACACGUGUUCAACCGAGCUCGAGCAGUACUACAUCGUCGCAUACACCAUCACGGGGGCGGACUGGAACGACGAGUUCCAAAAGCCCAAGGGAAAGCCCUGGCGCAAGAAAGCGCGAGACGUCCUCUUUGGCCAGCGUUUCUCGUCGUACAAGUGUGCACCACACGAAGAAUGGGACCAAGGCGAGUCGCAGCAGCUCGUGGCCGAGUACUUGGAGAUGGAGCAGCAUUUCAAACAUUACCCACGAGACAACGCCGACGACUACAUGGCGUCCCGAGACCAAUUGGUCCAAGUGUACAACACGAUGAACCCGUACGCGUCCGUGACGGAGGAAGCUCCUCUCGACUUGCGCAGCCACCGCAUGAUUUCUCGCUUGGUCACCAAGGACCCGUUGGCCGACGGCGUCGUCAAGUUUCCAAACGAGCGGUUCCGUCUCUACCUGGACAGGACGCGGACCACAGACGCGCAGACGCACGUCGUGAUCAAGUUGUUUAAGCGCACAGAGCGCGCGCGCAAGUUCAACCCACAGAAGUACGAACGACUCCUCCAGGCCACGAUCGAGCUUGGGCGCGCGGAGAAGUCGGAGCGCGUGAUUCGGACCCUGUUGGAGAAACAAAAGCAACUGCUCGUGGAAUCGCUCCACUUGUUUGACGUGACGGCCGAACUCGAGAUGCAAAUGACGAAAUUCAAGCGCAAGGAACAUGAAGCGGACGCCCUGGUGCGGCGCAUCACCGCGUUGCGCACCGAAGUUGACGAGCUCGAGGCAGAGCAAGCCACGUGGCGCCAAAACCAGAAACGCGCCAAGUUCAAGACGCAAUUGCUCGGUCAAACUGCGCUGCCGAUUCAAGAUUUUUUGGACGUCCUGCACGAUGACUCGCUCGAGACGGACGACCUCGCCAUCAUAUACGACCUCGAGCACAAAGCGUCGGGGAAACUGCUCCUGAGUGUCGAGUACAAGUGCGACACCGUCAGCAAGAUGGCCGACACCCAGCCCCUUGUCGCCGCCGACCCAGAUAAGUUGGAGUACCCCGCGGACGCCCCGCUGGCCGUCAAGUGGGCUACAAGCGAUGAGUUUGGAGUCCAUCAAGGCGACUCGAUCGCGUUAGUGCGCGAGAACGACGACAAGAAGCUCAUGUUGUCCAUGUCGUUCUUCACGUUGUUCUGGAGCUCAAAAACCAACAACUGGGACAUUUUUGACUCGAGCGUGGCUCUAUAUUCGGGCGGAGAGACCAAAGCCGCCAUCUUACAUCGGACACCCUCCGAGGAUGGGGACGGCGCCAAGGCGUCGGGUAUGUUUCUCCUGCCGUCCGCGAGAGACUUGUCCCUUCCCCCCGGCACGUACCGGCUGAGCUUGAUCCGCAAGGAAACGAUCGAAGGCGUCAACUACCGGUCGUCCGUGGGAGCAAGCGCCGGGCUCAACGUGUACGUCGGCGUGAACAGCAUCCACACAAUCUUUGGCACAACGCCUCUGGUCGAUGUAAAGACAGUCAAGUGCUCGAUGUCGGUCAUUGACACAGCGACCAACUUGAUCCAAGUCAGCACGAUGCCAGUGUCGUCGUCGUCGUGGUGGUUCCGGGCGUGCGGGUACGAUGCUGAACUGGACAAUUCGAUCGCAAUGCUGUCGGCUGAAUCCGCGGAAUUGGAGAAGCAGCUCAGUGUCCGGGACCUUCGCGCCGCCAAACGCACGCGCUUGGAAGAGCAAUUGGCGCUGUGCCAAGUCAAAUUGCGCGCAGCGGAAAACGCCAAGGCCAAAGGAGUGGCUGGCAUCAAGAACCAUCAAGACAAAGCAAGGGCCGAACUAGAUGCGCUGUUGGUCGAAUGGCAGUCGCUCAAAGCCCAGAGGACCACGGCCACAGAAAAAUGGCCCCUGGAACUGCAGGUGGCCGACAUUGAAGCGCGAUGCCGGGAUCUAGAAGACCAAGUCAAAGGAUGGGCACUCAUCCGUGUCGAAUUUGAAAAGCGCCGGAGUGUGCUGCAGCUGACCGGGGCGGCACCCGAGGUCCCGCCGCCAGAGUUCAAUUACAGAAGUCCGAUGCGUGUCGAGUUUUUGCUGGAAGGGGCGACCGGGACGCUGCCGCAGGACAACCCGCACUUGAACGACUUGAGCAACGACUGCGUUGUCAUUUUACCCCAAGUGGUCGUGGAAACGUCGGACCGCAUCCGCGUCAAGAUCUUGGGCAAGCUCCAGACGAGCGAUGCCGAGCGCACCAACCGCAUUCGAAAGCAAAUCCAAUGGGAGCUUCAAAUCAUGUUGACGGUCGUCCAGUUUGCCAACGCCAACUUCUUCGAAAAGGCGCGGACGUACAUGAAAUUGUGGUCCGCCUUGAAGAAGCUGCGCAAAGUGCGAUGGCUGUACGUGUUUGAGGAGUGCCUGCCGCUGUAUCACAACGCAUCGACAAAGCUCAAGGACCACUUUCCCGCGAUCAUCGCCGAGUUGAUUGAGGAGUUGCAAUGUCGCACCGACGAGCUCGAGUUGGAGAGCGACGGCCAGGUCAAAAACAACUUGUUCCGCCGUCAAAUCCCCAUCAAGGAGUCCGUUUUCACCCAAGACGAACGCUGUGGCGUGUCGGGGACCAUCGACGGAUCGGUCGCCAGCUUCGUCGGCGACGAUGUCUCGGUUGGCGAUAUGUAUAUUUGCAAGUACAUGCGCCGGGGCGACGCGACCGGGUCACUCGGCGAGCUCGGCCGGGUCGGACCGUUUGCGAUUCAAUCAAGCGCGAAAAAGUCGUCGUGGUUCACCCUGACCGUCCACCAAAAGCUGGCGCUAGUCGAAGCUGCGUUUCACUUGUUUGUUCUGACGCUCAAGUACUUUGUCGCAUUGCUCAACUUGUCGUUCAACGUGUCGUUCGUGUCGAGCUUGGCGUUGAAGAUCGAGUGGCCGCACUUGAGCUUUGACGCGAUUCGAGCGCUCCAGGUCCAGUGCCUCGCCGCGUUGCGCGACGUUGUCCCGGUUGUCCGCGAGAUUUUUGCGUGGUUUGACCAUUUUUUUGCCACGUUGCUCGAGUACAUCAUGGUGGACCUCAACAUCUUCAAGUUCUUUGCCAACUGCACGCACGGAUUCGGGAUGCUCGUCAACUGGAUCGCUCUGUGGGCGACCGCGCUCUUCUUGUACAUCGUGAUCCAAGAGGACAUCCUGGCCAAGGUCCAAAAGAUCGGGUCGUAUUUGCCCGUCGAGGUCGGCAAGACCGGGGAAGAUCGGUUCGAACAGCUUGGGUCGGUGCUUGUCAGUCCGGUGUUGAUCGUGAUCAAAGUGCUCAUUUUGUUCAUUGCGCAGCAGUGGACUGUCUUCUCCAACGAGCUGUGGGAAGGCCAAACGUUCGUGCAGCCGGUGGCGAGCCAGCAGUGCAAGGUGGCAGGGCUCGAUUAUGCGCUCCAAGUGACGGCGGCCGUCCUCCUCAUCACGUUCUUUUACUUUUUCUUCCCGCUGCUCGUGUUGGACAUGUUCAGUUGGGUGCCGCCGUUCGACCUCAAGAGCGACAUCGACAGAGUGGAGGCCAGCCACCACGGCCGCAAACAGGGCAUCCACGACGCGGUCGACAACAACGUGAACCUGAUCGACUACGGCGACAACGCGAAAGACCCCAAGUGGUCGCGGUGGUGUUCGCUGCGCAACUUGUUUUGGUUCCACGGGUCCGGGCAGCGCAUCUUCAUGGACUACAAGUACUCGAGCUUUCACAAACUCACGAAAACGUACGGCUACGUCGGGAUUUGGUUUGUCAUUUUGUACGUGUACACGGUUUUGCUUCUCCAGAGCAUCAUGCGCGCCGUCGGCGCCGUGUUUGGAUGGCGGGGCAAGCGCGGGUACAUGUACCCCCGACCGCACUUGCGCGGCGCGUCGUCGUGGACAGACAAGUUUUGCUGCCGGUUCAAUGCCGAGUGGAAGCGGUACUGGGUGUUCAAGAAGGUCAUCAAACCGUUCGUUGACGUGCUUGCUGUCACGUUUGGGCUCUGGAGCUACGACCGAUGGGACGUGUACGACAUUGAAGAGCGCGGGAAGAGCUGCUUUCCCAUGGAGCCCAACAACGAGAUCAAGCAGCUUCAAAUGAUGUCGCUGCACGGCAAGGUCAACAGUUUGCUGUGGCUACCGUUUUCGUCGGCGGGAGUUCUAACCUUCAUUUCGGACUGCGUGAACCGUGGCCCGAUCUUGAGCUACUUCUUGAACGACCAGUUUUUGCAAGCGGACAAACCAGAAAGCGAGCGCGUGGGCAAGGUCAAGAUGCGCUUUAUGCGUUGGGGCAAGGCGCGCCACAACAACGAGGACGAAGCCGGCUUCGUCUACCUCGUCGACACGGAAUUUCUUGCCACCUUGACCAAGUGGGUGAGCUCGAUGGUCGAGCUGGCGUCGGUCCUGGCGCUGGUCCUCAUGCCGUUGAUCAACCGCAAUGCGGACGGUCUUGGAACCCCAGCCGCCGCCGCGCUCAUUGCCGCGUUUGUCUCGCCGGUGAUGGAAUUCAACCACCAGGUCCUCAAGACAUAUCGCAAGUUCCAGGAGUUUGCCAAAGUGGAACAAGCCAAGGUCCAAGACACUCUUCAGUCCGUGAUCGACACUACUCAAGCAGCUGCGACUGCCGCAGCGUCCAACAAUGCAGGCAAACUCACGGACAUCCAAGGACGAUCCCUCGCCCAGGUCCAACACACGCUGGGACUGAGCGCGGACCAAGCGGUUGCGCUCGAGAAGGUCGCCGCGAUUGCCAACGAAAAGGGCACCGAUGCCGUGACUGGCAAGAUCGCCGACGCAGAAUCUGCCGUGACGGACAAACUGAGCGCCGUCGGCGUCGACGUGACGUUUGCAUCCGUCCGCGAGAAUGCUAGCGGCGGCGACAACAACACCGACGAAACCGAGUCCGAAGAGGACGAAGAUGACGACGGUGGCGACAGCGACGAUGACGAAAACAACAAGACCAAGGACACCAAGGGCGACUUAGUCGUGUUGUCGGCAUUGCCAGAAGCGAGCUACAUAAUUCAAUCCGACAAGCUCGACGUGGGCGAAGGCGAGAUCACGGUGAGCUGGCGCAUCAACUCGAAGCGCCGAUUUCACGCGUCAGACGCAAUCGGGAUGUUUCCAGCACGUUCGCUGGACAACCUUCUGUCAAGGCGGACGAUGGACCAGUGCCUAUGCUACCGCCUCGUGUCCGAGUCGGACGUCGAGCCGUUCGGGUGGAAGCCGGACGCGGCGAACGAAAACCAUCAUGACAAAGUGAUGGUGACGCGGGCCGUUGCGCUAGAAAAGAUCUUGCACAGAAAGAUUGGUUCCUUGCACAGGCAGUCGGUGUCGUUAGCCAAAUCGAACGCCGACGACGACGACAACCAAGAGUCGACCAAAGCUGAUGAGAAAGCAGACUUGGAAGAAAGCGGAGAGAACCCCGAAAGCACCGAGCUCAUCGACUUGUCUCAGGCUGAAAACAUGUUUGAGUACGUGUUGGCCCAUGCGCCGCCUUCCCCAAAGAAGAUGCAUGACAUUUUGCUGGAAGAAAUCGAAGAGCACAAAGACGACAUGGAUGGACUUGCCGUCGCGGAGGCACUAAAAGAGGAUCAAAAUCACGAUGCAGACACCGCCUCGGCAGCCAGGUCCACCAAGACGGUCAACGGCCACGUCAAAUUCCGUCCAUGCAAUACGAACGAAGCCGAAGAUCACCCGAAACACGAAGACUUUAUCUUUGGCAAUUCCGCCGGCAUCUACCCGUGCAAGUAUGGGAUGGAAAAGUACGAGUUUUUGUACCUGCGAUACGUUGGCACCAAACUCCACGACGAGCGCGACUCGUCGACGCGAUCUGCGUACGUGGUCGUCGAGGACUCUCCCGAAGCAGCGCCUUUGCUGAACGAGCCGGAGCGCCGCGGAAGCCACACACGAGCGGUCGUGUCCAAGCCCGACGACUUUGACCCGCUCAACAAGUUUAGUUCGAACGCGGUCAGCGUCGGGACGUUUGAUCUGUUCAUUCGUCUUAGCUCGGACUCGCCCCUCAUGUGGGCCAACCAAGCCGUGAACGUAUCAUGGAACAUUUACGGCGUCGCGUACCAGGUGCUGGCGCAUCCCAAAAACAAAAACUGCAUCGCGUUUUACAAGGUCAAGGACAUCCACAACACUCGCAAGUGUGCCAAGCUCGAGAUCAUCCCGCCGACCGCAUUCUUCCCGAACCACGGGAGUGGUCCAGUGACGGGGCGCAUGAUGGUGACGACACCAAACGAGCCCGGGAUGUACGAGAUUCGGUUCCUGUUCAACUACUUUCACGCGGCCAAGUUGCAUCGCCGGUGCCAAGUGUUUGGCAUGCUCGAAGAAAAGAUGCAGACCGAGCGCAUCGCCAAUUUGUUUAUCAAGCGCGACAUGGCGCAGUCCCUGAACCUCCUCCACCACCAAGAACACCACGUGUGGAGCACUGCGAUCCUGCAAGCGUACGCGUGGUACCUCCCCAUUCUCGACCGCCUCUUGGCCGCGUCAACGACGACAGCGCCAGAGAUCUUGGAGCAUCCCGCCAAGUUUGCCACGACGAUGAUGCAAGCCUUUAGCGACACCUGCGGCUACCUCGUGAGCCAGCCGUCCCGGCAGCUUCAAUCGUGUCUGGAGCAAAUUUUGCACCCGCUGUGGACUCCAGGCUUCAUGGCGUUCCUCCACAGCACGUUCAGCCAGUCUCGGGACAUGGUGGCUCACGCGAAAUCGUUCACGUUUGUGUCGCCGACCGACCCGUACAAGGACACGUUUGUGAGCCAUCAACUCGACAUGCUUCGCGCGGCGUCUGUGCCACGAGCGACCACUGCAGACGGCGCGGAAGAGCCCAACGUCGAGUUGACCAUGGUUCGAUUGCUCCACGACGACGCGGACUUGCUUCGGUACGGCCCGACUGCGUUCGAGCAAAUGGCAUUCGACUACCUCGACGCGAGGUCGUAUUUGCCAGGGCACAUUGACUUGCUCGACGACUUGAUUUUGGGCCACUCGCCGUUGCUCAACACGGCCAGCCUUAUCCUCGACAACGUUGCUAUCACAUGCUGCGCGUUGUUCGAACCAGCGGUCAACAACGCGGUGCAAGGGUUCUUCCGCCACGCAAAGGAAGAGCGCAAGAUGGGACUGUUUCAAGAAAUGGACGUGAACCUCAAGGAUGGGUGCCGCAGCCACCUCGCCAAGCUGAUCCGCGCCGCCUUUGCGACAGACACUAGGACGGGCGAACGCUACGGGGGAUGGCAACUCGAGCCAUUGGAACACUGCACCAUGAAUGGCGCGUCCGUGCUAAUGCACCGCGCCGUGAGGACGUGGAUGAAACCUCGCCUGGUCAAGUACAUCAUGAAGACGCUCUCCCGUCGAUAUGCGUCUCUGACGAGCUCGAAUGUGGCCGUUGCCAAGAAAAUGGCGCGCACAGUGACGUGCCGCCGCCCGCCGACCUUUCGACGUGCGCCGGUGGAAGCCCCGGACCGCCAACCCAAGUCCGGACAAAGCGUCGUGUGGUUCUUGGACAACUCAGAGUACAUUGCCCGGAAGUACCAUUCGAGUUGA